GCACAUUCUUCCUCUCCACAUACUCUGCAACGUACGUCUGAUCUUACAUUCCAUACGUAGGAAGAAAUCCCAGUGAAUGGAAGUUUUGCCUAUAUGUGUGCAGGCUUUGUUAAUAGGGAGAUGAGCAUAAUGUGUGGAGUUGGAUACUCCCCUGCUUGUUUGAGUGACGGCGUCACCAGUAUAAAAAAGGCCCUUUUUGAAAUGAGGCCAGUGUGGCUGUAGCUGAUACUGCAGGAGAGAGAGGGUUUCUUCCAGAGACUGAGCCAGGCUGUAGCUGCUGAACUUUCCAGUCUACAUAAAAUGCGUGAAAUUGUGCAUCUUCAGAUUGGCCAAUGUGGAAACCAAAUUGGAGCUAAGUUCUGGGAAGUGAUAAGUGAUGAACAUGGAAUUGAUGUCACUGGGAACUACCACGGUGAUUCACCACUGCAGCUUGAGAGAAUUAAUGUGUACUUCAACGAAGCUCAUUCCAAGAAGUUUGUGCCCCGUUCUAUCUUGGUGGACCUGGAACCUGGAACCAUGGACAGUGUACGAUCCAGCAAAAUAGGCCCACUCUUUCGACCUGACAAUUUUAUUCAUGGUAAUUCAGGUGCUGGCAACAACUGGGCUAAAGGCCAUUACACAGAAGGAGCUGAGCUGAUUGAGAGUGUAAUGGAUGUGGUCAGGAAUGAGUGUGAGAGCUGUGAUUGUCUGCAGGGGUUUCAGCUCGUCCACUCACUUGGAGGAGGCACAGGAUCUGGUAUGGGCACACUCCUUAUCAACAAAAUCAGAGAAGAAUACCCUGAUAGGAUUAUGAAUACUUUCAGUGUAGUGCCUUCACCCAAAGUAUCAGACACAGUUGUAGAGCCAUAUAAUGCAAUACUGUCCAUCCACCAGCUGAUAGAGAACACAGAUGAAACCUUUUGUAUUGACAAUGAAGCUCUGUACGACAUAUGCUUUAGAACCCUAAAGCUCCCCAGCCCCACCUAUGGUGACCUCAACCAUCUGGUGUCCCUGACCAUGAGUGGUGUCACCACCUCAUUCCGUUUUCCUGGUCAACUCAAUGCAGAUCUGAGGAAGCUGGCUGUGAACAUGGUGCCUUUCCCUCGCCUGCACUUCUUUAUGCCUGGCUUUGCUCCACUGACAGCUCGAGGCAGUCAGCAAUACAGAGCCCUCUCAGUCCCAGAGCUUACCCAACAAAUGUUUGAUGCACGGAACAUGAUGGCAGCCUGUGACCCUCGUCAUGGACGCUAUUUGACUGUGGCAUGCAUCUUCAGAGGCCAGAUGUCUACCAGAGAAGUGGAUGAACAGUUGCUGGCUAUCCAGACCAAAAAUAGUGCCUACUUUGUGGAGUGGAUCCCUAACAAUGUGAAAGUGGCAGUGUGUGACAUACCACCACGAGGGCUGAAGAUGGCAGCCACCUUUAUAGGCAACAACACAGCCAUCCAAGAGCUCUUCAUUAGAGUUUCUGAACAGUUCUCAGCUAUGUUCAGACGGAAAGCAUUUCUCCACUGGUAUACUGGAGAAGGUAUGGAUGAGAUGGAGUUUUCUGAAGCAGAAAGCAACACCAAUGACUUGGUGUCUGAGUACCAACAGUAUCAGGAUGCCACAGUAGAGGUAGAUGAAUAUAAAGAGGUAGAAGUGGAAGUUAGCCAAGAACAAGAAACAGUUGAAAAAGAUUUUUAAUAUCAGAACACUAUACAAGAACACUUAUUGAAUGUACGUCCUCUAUAAAAAAAAAAAGCAGUAAUACUCACCUACGUAUCUGAAGGGAGAACUCUUAAAAGUAUCUACUUUUUUCUAUAUUAAACCAAAGCAUAUCCAAUGUAUAUAUGAGUAUGAAGUAUAGUGACGCUGAAAUUAACACCCAUGGUGCCUUUUCCUCAUAAACAAUGUCUGGUACAGCAAACCCCACAAAAAUAACAACCAUGAGAGCAAGUUGUACUGUGUCAGCCAUCUUCACAAUUUACUAGCUUUUAGAAUGGUAUAGUCAGAUUCUGAAUGUAGCAGUGUGUUGUGUGUGACAAAAGUCAUGACAAUGAGUGUUGGUGUAAUAUGCGCUAAACUGUCAUAACAAUUAUUUAUUCUCAGGUAAAUGCAGAUUUAUGUUUUUCAUUUGGGAAUUUGUGAUUUUUAGAAGCAUACAUGUGUAUUUACCCAUCAGAUUAUAACAGUAUGUACCUAUUUUGUUCUGCACUCCAAUCAUCAAGUUGAAUCAGUAUUUGUUAAGGAGUGUAGAAAAAAGUUUUAAGGUACCUUCUAAAACUUUUCUUAACAGACUGAAAGAGUAUUAACCAAUAGCAUCACUUUCUUUUUGUUUUAUAUUAUGGAAGAUUUUUUUUGUAUUCACAAUGUUUUAUAUUUCAUCUUCAAUUAAAUAUUUAGAGUGGUUUAUAUUA